AUGUGGCCGGGAAGGAUGAGAAACUCCGGUCUUCUGCUCUGCCUCUGGAGCGCUUACUGUUGCUUUGCCGCGGGAGGUCCCGCAACCCUUGGUCCAGAGGGUCGGCUGCAAGAUGAGCUCAACAAAUCCAGGGUUGUACCGGCUGCUGCCAAACCCCCUGUGAGAUUUAACCUCCGCACCUCUGAGGACCCAGAGCAUGAAGGAUGCUACCUCUCCUUUGACCACAACCAGCCCUUAGAAGACUGUGGCUUCAACAUGACAGCCAAAACCUUUUUCAUCAUUCAUGGAUGGACGAUGAGCGGCAUGUUUGAAAGCUGGCUGUACAAACUCGUGUCAGCCCUGCGGACAAGAGAGAAAGGAGCCAACGUCGUGGUGGUGGACUGGCUCCCGCUGGCUCACCAACUUUACACAGACGCAGUCAACAAUACAAGGGAGGUGGGACACAGCAUCGCCAGGAUGCUCAACUGGCUGCAGGGGAAGGAGGAUUUUUCUCUCGGGGAUGUUCACUUGAUCGGCUACAGCCUUGGAGCUCACGUGGCCGGGUAUGCCGGCAAUUUCGUGAAAGGCACGGUGGGCAGAAUCACGGGUUUGGAUCCUGCUGGGCCCAUGUUUGAAGGGGUUGACAUCCACAGGAGGCUGUCCCCUGACGACGCAGACUUCGUGGAUGUCCUGCACACCUACACGCGCUCCUUUGGCUUGAGCAUUGGGAUUCAGAUGCCUGUGGGUCACAUUGACAUCUACCCCAAUGGAGGUGACUUCCAGCCGGGCUGUGGACUCAACGAUGUCUUGGGGUCAAUUGCAUAUGGAACAAUUGCAGAGGUGGUGAGAUGCGAGCACGAGCGGGCAGUACACCUCUUUGUCGACUCUCUGGUGAAUCAGGACAAGCCGAGCUUCGCAUUCCAGUGCACGGACUCCAACCGCUUCAAAAAGGGGAUCUGCCUCAGUUGCCGGAAGAACCGUUGUAAUAGCAUUGGCUACAAUGCCAAGAAAAUGAGGAACAAGAGGAAUAGCAAAAUGUACCUAAAAACCCGGGCAGGCAUGCCUUUCAGAGUUUACCAUUAUCAGAUGAAAAUCCAUGUCUUCAGCUACAAGAACAUGGGAGAAAUUGAGCCCACCUUUCAUGUCACCAUUUAUGGCACCAAUGCAGACUCCCAGAAUCUGCCUUUGGAAAUAGUGGAGCAGAUCGAGCUGAAUGCCACCAACACCUUCCUGGUCUACACCGAGGAGGACUUGGGAGACCUCCUGAAGAUCAGACUCACCUGGGAGAGGACUUCUCAGUCCUGGUAUAACCUGUGGAAAGAGCUUCGCAGCUACCUGUCUCAGCCCCGCAGGUCCGAGCAAGAGCUGAAUAUCAGACGCAUCCGCGUCAAGUCCGGGGAAACCCAGAGGAAAUUGACUUUUUGUGCAGAAGAUCUUGAGAACACCCGCAUAUCCCCUGGCCAAGAGCUCUGGUUUCACAAGUGUCGAGAUGGCUGGAGAAUGAAAAAUGAAACCAGCCCAGCCCCGGAGCAUCCUUGAAGGUCCCCGCAAGGCCCCCCACUCCCUGAUUUCCAAGCACAUGGAGGAACGUUACUGCUGAGGACCCACCUGAUGGAAAGACCCUUCUUGGCCUUGACCCUGGAGCAAUGGGAGGAGCCCACUUGCUGGGCCCAGCACCGUGCCUCCCAUGAUGGCUGGGACUUUUCUCCAGAGGAGACCACAUCCUGCUGUUCCUGCUGUUCCCGCUGCUGCUCUACGAUUGCUCUAACUCCAGAUCUGUGUGCAAAUGGCCGAUGCCCUGGCCUCUAUGCGUACCGGGCUGGCUUCUCAGGACUGGAUGAGCCGGUGCUUCACCCAACAAGGAACACAGGCUCCGAGUGACUCUGCGUGGAAGGCUGUCAGCUGCCUGACCUGACUUGAGUCAUAGUGAGGGGUCUUGCUGCUGGGAGCUGACUCGUGUCAGGAUGGCAGACCUGGGACCUUGUUCACCGGGGGAGGGAGAGUAGAUCUGGGGAGGUGUGGCGGCCCUCGCUCUUGGGGCUCGAUGGGUAACUGGUGACGUGGACUGGUUACAUUUUAUUCGGUCCUGCUCCCCAGCUCCUUCUCCAAAGCACACAUCAUUGGCUUUCUUCUUUUUCCAUUGCUCUUUUUUUUUUUUAAGAAGAUGUUGGGGGUAGGAGUUUAUUAAUUUUUAUUUAUUUAUUUUGGCUGUGUUGGUCUUCGUUUCUGUGCGAGGGCUUUCUCUAGUUGUGGCAAGCGGGGGCCACUCUUCAUCACGGUACGCGGGCCUCUCACUAUCGCGGCCUCUCUUGUUGCAGAGCACAGACUCCAGACGUGCAGGCUUAGUAGUCAUGGCUCAUGGGCCUAGUUGCUCUGUGGCAUGUGGGAUCCUCCCAGACCAGGGCUCGAACCCGUGUCCCCUGCAUUAGCAGGCAGAUUCUCAACCACUGCACCACCAGGGAAGCCCCUCCAUUGCUCAUUUUUUGAUUGGACAAAUGUUUAUUAAGCACUGAAACUUAAUUAGCACAUGGCAGUAGACACCUUAGUAAAUCUUUGCAGACCAUCUUCUCAUUUGAAACCUAAUGGGGUUGGGAUGUCUAGGCUCUCUUCCCGUUUAGAUGAUCCAUGGAUAUGCACGUGAUGAAAGGCAUGAGGGGCACUGGGAGGGCUACAGGAUGUGAGAGUUGGGGACCCUGAGGCUUUAAGUGAUUUCUACCUAUUUCUUCUUAGUUAAAGUGCAUUUCCCUUAAGAGUGACAUCUUUGAUCACCAGCAGAGUGGCAAGCGGAGUGUUAUACAUGUUAGGGACAGAAUGGUGCCAGUUGCUGAAUAUGAUUGGCAAAAUCUCUUCUGUGUAGGAAGCUGGAGGCUAUUACAUAUGUUACACAUGUCUGUUCAUACAGAAACCAGCACCUGUCACACACAGCUGGUACCAAGAUUGAAUUAAUGCCAUGCUUUUUCCUUCUUGAAAUAUCUUGUUCCAAUACAAGUGCCCUUUCUGUGCUGAACUUCUUCAAAAAGCCCUUAAUUCUAGAUCUUGGUUUGAAUUAAUAUACAUGAUAUCUGAGGAACCCUUUUAUAAUUUUCAAAAGAUUUGAACAUGCAUCACUUAAUUAGAGACUCACAACAGGAGGUGAGCAGGGCAGUUACUAUUAUCUCUAUUUUACAAAACCGAAGCUUAGUGAGGUUCAGCACAAGCCUAGAAUUAUAUACCAAGUUGGUGGAGGAGCCAGGUGAGGACCUAGACUUCCUGGAGGCAAUGCCCAUGGUAUGCUCAUCUCUGCUACCUCAUCAGGACUCGUAUAGCCAUUUCCCACCAAUAUGCCCCAGAUGUAACAAACAAGGAAUUUUUUUCAGAGCCAUCCAUGAAACCCGAAACUCUUUUAUUAAUAUAUAACUGGGAGAACAACUGGGCCAAGGGUUGGGAUUUUUAUGGAUAAGAUUGAUUUGGAAGGAGAUGUGAUGUCAGGUGAGAAAGGGGGAGAGCGCCUUUUUCUGUACUUAGGUUUUUAAAGGACGUUGUUUUAAUCUCUGUUGUGCCAAGGUUGUGUCAUUGUUCUGUGCCAAACCUCUGAAGACAUAACCGGUCAAAUACCUUAAUUCAAGGUGUUUUCUCAAUCCAAUUGUGUGCCUUUUCUGUUGCUUCUGUGAUUGUAUUCUAGCCAAAGUAGAGCUUGUAUUAUUGACUGUGCAUCCUGGUUACUUCUACUUUUGUAAUGGAAGCCUUGGGAAUCGAAUCCUCAGUGGGUCCUGUAUUUAUACAUUUGGCUUGAAGCCUUAUUUGUAUAUAAUGAUGCUUUUUUAAAUGCUUAGAAUACUAUUUAUUUCUCAAGUGUAUAUAAU